AUGCUGAUUAUCCGCGAUCUCAAGACAAGCAGAACCACCUGGCAGUCCCGCCGCCUCCACUCGACCUCGACCUACUCCAGACCCUUCAAGCGCAUCCCGCCCGGAGUCAUCGUCAUGAAGUUCGGAGAGCAGCUGCGUUCCAGCGCCAUCAAGGAGUAUCAAUGGUACUACAUCGACUACGAGGGGCUCAAGGCCGACCUUAAGAAGUCAAGCGGCCCUGUCGUCGAACAAGCCGCCCAAGGCAGUGGUGCAAAGGGGGCCAGGAAGGGCAAAGGAAAGGCCAAGAGGCAGUGGACAGAGGAUGACGAGAGUCGUUUCGUAUACCGGCUCGAAGGGGAGCUGCAGAAGGUCUACCAGAAACAACAACUAAAGACUAUUGAGAUCCAACGUCGGAUUCAGGCCAGCGAGCGCGACGUCAAUGAUAUUGUCUCAAGGCUGAACGAGCGCCGGGCUGGCGAAGAUGGCCCAACUGAUGAGGAGUUUAUGGUGCUCGAAGAGGACUUGAGCGACAUUAUCGCCGAUGUCAACGACCUGGCCAAGUUCAUCCAGCUAAAUUAUACCGGGUUCUACAAGAUCAUGAAGAAGCAUGACAAGAUUACCGGCUGGCACAUACGACCCGUGUUCGAGGCGCGCAUGAAGGCAAAGCCUUUCUACAAGGAUAACCACGACGAGCUGUUGGUUGACCUGUCCAAGCUCUACGACCUCGUCCGCACCAAGGGCAAUCCGAUCAAAGGUGACAGCGCCGCUGGUGGCAGCCAGGCAAACUUCAUCCGUAAUACGACCAAGUACUGGGUGCAUCCGGACAACGUCACCGAGGUGAAGCUGAUUAUCCUCAAGCACCUACCGGUCCUGGUCUUCAACGCUAACAAGGAGUUCCACCCGGAUGAUUCUGCUAUUACCUCAAUCUACUAUGACAACCCAGAUACCUGGGAACUGUAUGAGGGCCGGCUCAAGAAGACUGAAGGAGCCGAGGCCAUCCGUCUGCGAUGGUAUGGAGGCAUGAGCACCGACAAAAUCUACGUUGAGAGAAAGACUCACCGUGAGGAUUGGACCGGCGAAAAGUCCGUCAAAGCCCGUUUUGAGGUACGCGAGAAGCAGGUCAACCCGUAUAUGAGGGGUGAAAUGCUUCCAGCAGCUGUGAUGGAGAAACAGCGGAAGACGGGCAAGAAACCGCAGUCAGCCUAUGACGAGGAUGAGAAAUUGGCGCAGGAAGUGCAAUGGGAAGUUCUGAAGAAGGGCUAUGAACCCGUCUGCCGAAGCUUCUAUCACCGGACCGCUUUCCAGCUUCCGGCCGACGCAAGAGUCCGUAUCUCACUUGACACGGACUUGACCUUGGUCCGAGAAGACAACCUGGAAGGUCGAAAGAGGAGUGGCGACAACUGGCGUCGUAUGGAUAUUGGCGUUGAUUACCCCUUCUCCCAGCUGCCACCAGAAGACAUCUGCCGGUUUCCUUAUGCGGUGCUGGAGGUCAAGCUUCAAACACAGGCUGGCCAGCAGGCACCUGAAUGGGUGCGUCAACUGGUGUCCAGUCACCUAGUGGAGGCUGUACCCAAGUUUUCCAAGUUCAUCCACGGCUGCGCUACGCUGUUCCCGGAUCGGAUCAAGUUGCUCCCCUUCUGGUUGCCCCAGAUGGACGUUGACAUCCGCAAGCCUGCCACGCACAACUUCGGCAUCCAGCGUGGUGGUCACUCCGGUACUACGGGCACGUCGGAGGAUGAAGACGAUGAUUUCGACUCGGAUGACGAGGAGGCAAGACCAGCUCCGCGGGGCCAGGAAAAUAACAACAACGGCGGUACCACCAAUGGGUUAUCGCCGGAGACGGGCGCGCACGGAGCUGCGGUAGCACACAGAUUACGUCAAGCGCAAGCGGAUGGGUCCACGGAUGUUGAAGAUCAGACGCGACUUUUGCCCGCAAACGACGAUGCGUAUGAGCUCUACGAAUCCGAUGAGGAAGAGGAGGAACAAGACCGGUUGGAAGAGGCUAGGAGAGUAGGCGGUCUGACGUACGCGUCCACGUUGGUCCAGACAAAAGCGAAGGCGGCCGGUCGUGGCUUGUCCAAGCUAGGCGGCAUUGUGAACAACAUUAGAUCUGGAAGCGAAAUCCCGGUACACGAAAGGACCAUCGCACUAUACGGGACCACCCAAGUGCAGAACAAAAAGUUCGUUGCGCCUCCAGGGAAGAAGAUCUAUGUGCCCGUAAGGGUGGAGCCCAAGGUAUACUUCGCGGCUGAAAGAACCUUCCUCAACUGGCUCGAGUUCUCCAUCUAUAUUGGAACCAUCGCCACGACCCUUCUUAACUUCGGUAGCAAACCGACAAAGAUUUCUUUUGUUGUCUCGGGCAUCUUUACCCUUGUAGCUAUUGCGGCCCUCCUAUACUCGGUUGGGACAUACAUCUAUCGAAGCCGGUCGAUUCGUGCCCGUAAGGCGGCCAAGUUCUAUGACUGGUGGGGGCCGUCGCUUCUGUGCUCAGCUCUCGUGGUUGGUGUCAUCGCGAAUUUCGCCUUCGAGGGAUAUGAACGGAAUUGGUGGUAA